AUGAUCAAGAUCUGGAGCAUGAAAAAGGAAGAGGAGUCGGCCAAGAAAAAGAAGCCAAAGACGUCUCCAGCACAGCUCAGAGUGCAGAAGGACCUGACCGAGCUCGAACUACCAAAGACGAUGCGCACCGACUUCCCUGACCCGGCAGACGUCCUCAACUUUACCCUCACCAUCGAGCCCGACGAGGGCAUGUACAAGUCCGGCUCCUUCUGCUUCACCUUUGCCAUUAACAACAACUACCCGCACGAUCCGCCAAAAGUCAAGUGCACGCAGAAGAUCUACCACCCCAACGUCGACCUCGAAGGCAACGUCUGCCUCAACAUCCUCCGGGAAGACUGGAAGCCCGUGCUCAACCUCAACUCGGUCAUGGUCGGGCUCCAGUACCUCUUCCUCGAACCCAACGCCGACGAUCCGCUAAACAAGGAGGCGGCCGAGGACCUGCGAAAGGACCGCAGCCUCUUCUCGAGCAACGUCAAGAGGUCACUGGGCGGUGGAGCAAUCAAGGGAGUCACGUACGACAAGGUGCUAGCAAAGUGA